AAAUUUAAUUUAAUUUAUCAAGAUAAAUUUUUACAAUGCGCACACUGCUCCUAAGCAAAGCGGAUGAGCACUACUUGGAGAAGUGCGCACGGGAACACCGGUUCUCGUACGGCAUCAUCAUCGGCCAUCAAGCCGAUCUGACCAAAACGUUUGUGGUCCAUUUGGCCAGGAAUAACGAAGAGGAUGUCGACCUGGAGGACUUGACGGAAGUCGGACUGACCAUAAGCUCACAGGCGUUGGCCUCCCAAUGGCUGAGCGCAAGCAAAAUGUGUCCCGGCUCAUUUGACGUCAUCGGAAUCUUUGUUUCCUCAGUCGAUGACCAGAGUGCCGAAAUAAAGACGGCCAAAAAGAUAUUCUCUGAAGUCUUCGACAUUCUAUUGAAAAACAAUAAUUCUCUCGGCAUAUAUACCACCGAUUUGGCACAGAGCGACUACGCAUUCCUCUCGUACUCCCUGGCCAACAAGCAAGUGGUGUGCAAGAGUUACACCUACGGCAACGGAGGUACCUUCUCCAACAUGGAGUUCAAGUUUGUGGACAGGCCGUUCGAGUGGAUACAGAUUGAAUGCUCAUACGACUUGGAGGACAUCUUGCCCAUAGUGGAAACGGUGCGUCGGAUCAACAUAGAGGACCAGCUUAAAAAUGUUAUACUUGCAUUUCGCAAAACCAUUCUUGUCAGCGAGGUGUUUCUUCAGAACGAGUUCGUCGAGGACACCAUCGACUUGCAGACCUACAUUAAGAAGAGUAAAAGCAAAGAAGAAGAACUCAAAGCCGCAGCGGGUAACUCUGCGACAACAUCAGAUAGCGAUGUAUCCGAUGCUCUGCGCCUCAUGGGCUCACAAGGAUUCGUUGGCGGAUCUGAGAUCAUUCGUGCCAGCAUUCUACUCCCGGUAAAGUGUCAGCUUGCCAAGCCAACAGAUAUUAAGGUGCGCGAGUUCAACGGCUGUCUGCGUAUGAGCGGUAUCAUCUCUACGCGCAUCUACUGCAGUGCGCGGAACAGCAUCGCGGACGUGAAGCGCUACCUGCGCGAUGACGUUCUGCGCUCAUUGACAACGCGCAUCCAAGUCUACUGCGAUGGCCUUACGGACCCAUACGUCACCAACGAAGCCACCUUUAUAAGCGAGCCGCCACGUCGAGUAUUCUUUAGCCUACCUUCAGAAGGCCCGAGUACAUCUACCGCCGUCGCUGUGCAGUUCUCUGAAUACCUAUUCCGUGGUGAGGCUCCCACCGUUGUCGUGGCACAGGCAAAGCAAAUCCUUGACGUGGAAUUGGACCCAGAAGCAAUUACCAUGGAUGCCGAGGGACAGCCGGACGAUAUUAACUUUGCGAACGUCCUUGCAAGCGGAGACCAAGAAGACGACAUACGCAGCACGACCAGCUCGAUGCCAAACCCGGAGCUGUCGCGCAGCCUCUAUAUGCUGGGCAUUGCCGUCGCCCUCCUGGUGCUGAUGACGUCGGUGGCCCUUCACUACAUAUUGACUGACAAAUAGGCAGCUGGGAUGCCAAUCGGAUGGACUCCUCCCCCUAUAUGUAGAUCUUUGUACGGAAUUUUUUUAUAUACAGAUAUACUAUUAUUUGCAAGUGUGCGCGUGUGCACACUCACCUCUCUCUUGUGAUCGUUUGUUUUUAUAAUCCAUUGUGUACUCGUAGAGGUAAAAAAAUGUGUAUAGGGGUCACGUUAAAUAAUUUUAUUGUGGAUAAAAAGCGUGCGCGGCAUUUAACACCAAUAAAUAUAAACUAAUGCAUAAUGUA